AUGGCAAACUUCUCAUCAAAACAGACUAGUUCUAUGGAUGGUACGCAUUCUAUAUCAAAUCAAUUACAUCUGUCGGAAGUAGCAAACGAGGAUGAAGCUUUUCCAUUUAAAGAAAGAAAAGAUGAAAUACUUCAUAUGGAUUGUGAGUUCAAUGAUUCUCUUUCAACAAUGAAUGACACAUGGCAACCAAUGGAAGUGAUUACGAGCUCCAAGUCUGCGUUGGAAGACGAAGAUCCACUGAGUGGCUUCUCAUGUCAGGCAGGUGAAAAUAUUAAUCAAGAGUUGUCUACAGAUGCUCAAUAUACGCGCGUUUAUCGAGAUGAAAACGAAGAUCAAAAGCAUCAGCUUGAUGGCAAUGCUAUGAAGGUACUCAAUAUGAAUGACAAUAAUCAGGAUGAGUUAAAUAUGGAGAAUCAAAUGGGUUUUACUGGUGGUAUUCUGACUGAAUCAGAAAAAAUGGCAUACGCUGGCGUAUGCAGAUUAGCAAUAUUGGUGAUGGUAGAUAAUGUCGCUCGACUAACGUCUUUUUCUUGGUAUCGAGGCGAAUGCAAAAGUGCACUUGAAAAUAUUAUUGUUUGGGCUGACAAGGUUACGGAAAACUUAUAUGAACAUUUAGGGAUUACUAAAGAAGAACGAAAGAUGAUUGAAAACCUGCAGCGACAUUCUGUCUCAUUACAAGACCUUGCCAAAAUUCUUAUCUCGUCAAAUCAUGUAACGUCAGCUUCAGAUAUUUUGGAAGAUGAGGACUUGAUUGAUGAAACUGGUUUAUCAGACAUUGAGUCAUCUGAAGAAGUACGAAUUGACGUUCGAUGGACUGUAAUUUGCGAUCUUUUCCUUGUGUUAAUAUCCAAAUCUAUCUAUGAUGCUCGUUCACGAGUUCUUUUACACUAUGUGGGCAAAGUAUUGGGUUUGGACUCGUUGGAAAUUACAAAGUUUGAGAAAUAUAUAAUUGAGACCAUUGAAACUGAUCAUGUAAAUGAAUUAGACAUGGGAUCAAGCUCAAACAGUGAAGCUGUCGUUAAGUUUCGUAAAAAGUUUUCAAAGCGUCGCAAAUAUGUCUUGAUGGGUUUGGCAGGUGUCGGUGGAGGUCUAGUCAUUGGUCUCUCAUCUGGUCUGCUAGCUCCCUUUAUUUCUGCUGGCAUAGGAGCUGCAUUUACUACUGUUGGUUUGAGUGGUGUCGCAUCCUCUGGUUUCUUGGCCGGCGGAGGAAGCGCGGCCUUAAUUACAGUCGGAGGUGUUUUGUCAGGAACGCAUCUGGGAACCACCGGAAUGGCACGUCGAAAAGCAGAUGUCAAAACUUUUGAGUUUCGGCCACUACAUGCCAACGGACGGUCUAAUGUUGUUGUUACUGUGUCUGGAUGGAUGUCAGGUAAAGAAGAUGAUGUGCGCUUGUCCUUCUCUUCUCUUGAUCCAAUUGUAGGUGACGUGUUUUCCGUCCUCUGGGAACCAGAAGUGCUUGCGUCUGCUGGUCAGACGAUGAACAUUUUAGCUACCGAAGUCGUGACUCAGUCAUUGCAACAAGUGUUGGGUUCCACAGUACUGGUAUCAUUGAUGGGUGCUAUGCAAGUACCGUUAAUUUUAACCAAACUGAGUUAUUUAAUAGAUAAUCCUUGGAAUAACUCUUUGGAUCGAGCUAAAUCCACUGGUCAGUUACUCGCCGAUUUAUUGUGCUAUAGAUACUUAGGAGUCAGACCGGUAACACUGGUAGGCUAUUCACUGGGUGCUCGCGUGAUAUAUUACUGUCUGAGAGAAUUAGAAAAGAAAAAAGAGUUUAGUGUGGUGGAAAACGUGUAUCUCUUUGGUACUCCUGUAAUCUUUAAGCGUUCUUCUUGGCUAAAAGCCAGUUCAGUCGUAGCUGGACGUUUUGUGAAUGGCUUUAAGAAAAAUGACUGGAUUCUUGGUUAUCUGUUCCGUGCUACUUCAGGUGGAAUAGGACGUGUUGCUGGAUUGAGGAGUAUUGACGAUAUUCCUGGCAUGGAAAACAUUGAUGUUACUGAUAUAGUUCCAGGUCAUUUAGCUUACCGGGAAGUAAUGCCGGAGCUGUUAUCUAUAAUUGGAUUUGAGUUACUUAAUGAAGAACCGGAUCUAGUGCAGGAACCAAUACCGGAAUCUUUGCAAGAGCGACAAUCUGAGUUACUACAUGAAGUUGAAGCGGAAGAGUGUCAAAAAAAGCAACAAGAACUGAUUGCCCGUACUAUGAAAGCCAAAGGACGCAAAUAUACACCAGAGAAUACUUCUAUUUAUCGCAGCCUUAAAAAAUCUAAAAAAAAAAGCGGUUCAUCUUCGAAACCUUAG